AUGGUUCCGAAGCCAGACGGUGGGUGGCGUCCGUGUGGUGACUACCGCCGUCUUAAUGAUGCGACCACGCCCGAUCGUUACCCGGUGCCCCACAUUCAAGACUUUUCCGUACAUUUGGCGGGGAAGUCCGUGUUCUCUAAAGUGGAUCUGGUGCGGGGUUACCACCAAGUCCCGGUGCACCCGGCGGACAUACCGAAGACGGCAGUGGUGACUCCUUUCGGGCUGUUCGAGUUCCUCAGGAUGCCUUUUGGCCUGAAGAACGCAGCCCAGUCGUUCCAGCGGCUAAUGGACUCGGCACUCAGGGACAUGCCUUUCAUCUUCGUCUACUUGGACGAUGUCCUCGUCGCCAGCUCCUCGGAGGAGGAGCACCUGACACAUCUCCGAGUUCUUUUUACACGGCUCGACCAGCACGGGCUGAUCAUUAACCCGGCUAAGUGUGUUUUUGGGGUGCCGUCCAUAAAGUUCCUCGGGCAUCUCAUCACCAGUGAGGGGGCUGCCCCCCUCCCUUCGAAGGUGGACGCCGUUUCCACUUUUCCACGCCCACGCUCGGCCCGGGGGCUCCGUGAGUUCCUCGGUAUGGUUACCUUCUACCAUCGGUUCAUUCGACAAGCGGCUCACGUAAUGCGCCCGCUCUACGAGGCCCUUAAGGGUACGACCCCCAACCAGGACGUUGUCUGGACCGCGGAGGCGGACCAGGCCUUCGAGGACACAAAAGUUGCGUUGUGCCAGGCCACUAUGUUGGUCCACCCGUCACCUGGGGCCCCGGUUGCCCUCACUACUGACGCGUCCGACUAUGCCCCGCCAGCUAGUCCCCAGGGAGCGUAA